AUGGACCAGAGCUGUCUCCAGACCAUCUCCAGCAAGCAGUUGAGGGUGGUGGAGGAUGAAAGGUGCAUGCAUUGCGCGGGCCAAACGGAGAUUGUGUUGGAAAGGAGAAAGGGAGACGAGAGCUGCUGUGCUCCAGAAGGUGAGAAACCUGGAAAUGAGCCUGAAGAAGUGAAGCUGCAGAAUGCCAGCAGACAGAUUGUGCAGAAUGCCAUCCUACAGGCUGUGCGGCAAGUCUCCCAGGAGAGCCAACGGGUGGAAACCAGCAGCAGCGACAGCCGGAGUCGCUGCCAGCUGGGCAUGGGGGAGUUAACCAAGAAGCAUGAGAAGAAGUAA